CUGGCUCCUCCGACUGACUGUUGCUCUUCUUUUUGUAGAGCCUAGCGAUGUCUCCCUUCGGCAGCCUCUUCCCCUACCCUUACACCUAUAUGGCGGCGGCGGCGGCAGCCUCGACGGCCAACCCGAUGCACCGGCACCCGCCUUUCCUGAACACCGUGCGCCCUCGCCUGCGUUACAGCCCUUACUCCCUCUCGGUGCCUCUGCCGGACAGCAGCGGCGGCGGCGGCGGGGGCAGCUUGCUCACCACCGCCAUGCCUCCUUCCCUGGCCGGCGGCCCCGAAGGCAAAGCCAGAGCUUUAGCGCCCAGCCCCGGGUUGGGCGUCUUGGAUUCCUCCGGUUCCGAGCUCAACAGCCGCUCUUCCACGCUCUCCUCCUCCGG